GCUCUACUCUCUUCUCUACGAUGGACCUGAUUCUAUACCUGGGUUGUUUGCUCGUGUUGUUACUGCUCUGGGUCAGGGCGAAAGGAUUCGAGUACAUCAUCGUUCAUCAUCGGUGGAUCUUCGUUUGCCUCUUUUUACUUCCUCUCUCGGUCGUGUUUGACGUUUACUACUACGUGCGGGCAUGGCUGGUGUUUAAAAUGUGCAGCGCUCCCAAACUUCAUGAUCGCCGAGUAAAAGAGAUUCAGGAUCAGGUUCGUCAGUGGAAAGCCGAAGGUGGUAAAAAGUUCAUGUGCACUGGAAGACCAGGCUGGUUAACCGUAUCGCUGCGUGUCGGAAAAUACAAAAACACACAUAAGAACAUAAUGAUCAACCUCAUGGAUAUCCUGGAAGUUGAUACUAAGAGACAGGUUGUGCGCGUGGAGCCGUUGGUAAAUAUGGGUCAGGUGACUGCGUUGCUUAAUUCUAUCGGUUGGACCCUCCCAGUAGUACCAGAGCUUGAUGACUUGACUGUUGGUGGUUUGAUCAUGGGAACAGGCAUUGAGUCAUCAUCCCAUAAUUUUGGCCUCUUCCAGCAUAUCUGCUUGGCCUACGAACUUGUACUGGCCGACGGAAGCCUCGUGAGGUGCACACCAACAGAGAACUCGGACCUUUUCUAUGCCGUACCGUGGUCGUGUGGUACCCUCGGAUUUCUGGUUGCAGCAGAAAUAAAAAUUGUUCCUGCUAAAAAGUAUGUAAAGCUGCGUUACGCGCCCGUGAAAGGCCUGGAGAAGAUCUGUGAGAGGUUUUCCAGAGAGUCAAAAAACAAAGACAACUACUUUGUGGAAGGGCUGGUUUACUCCUCUGAUGAAGCCGUUAUCAUGACCGGUGUCCUAACUGAUAAUGCUGAGCCUGGUCAGGUAAACAGUAUCGGAAAUUAUUGGAAGCCUUGGUUUUUCCGGCAUGUGGAGUCUUAUUUAAAAAAGAAUUGUGAAGGAACGGAGUACAUUCCCUUACGCCAUUACUACCACAGACACACGAGGAGCAUUUUUUGGGAACUACAGGACAUUAUUCCUUUUGGCAACCACCCGGUCUUCCGUUAUCUCUUUGGUUGGAUGGUCCCACCAAAAAUCUCACUGUUGAAGCUCACCCAGGGUGAGACUAUUCGCAAGUUGUAUGAGCAGCAUCAUGUGGUGCAGGACAUGCUGGUUCCAAUGAAGCGUCUGGAGGAAGCCAUCAAUGUUUUUCACGACCACAUUAAUGUAUAUCCCCUUUGGCUUUGCCCCUUCAUAUUGCCAAGCCAGCCUGGCAUGAUUCACCCCAAAGGGAACGAGUCUGAACUCUAUGUGGAUAUUGGAGCAUACGGAGAGCCCAAAACAAAACAUUUUGAUGCCAAAGCUUCCAUGCGACAGUUAGAAAAGUUUGUUAGAGAUGUUCAUGGGUUCCAGAUGCUUUACGCAGAUUGUUACAUGAGCCACGAUGAAUUUUGGGAGAUGUUUGAUGGAUCUUUGUAUAGGAAGCUGAGAGAGAAAUUAAACUGCGAUAAAGCUUUCCCCGAGGUGUAUUAUAAAAUCUGCAAGGCAGCUCGGCACUGAGCGAGGACGGCUACAGACCACAGACUUACGGACAGCAGAAAAUAGGACUUAUUGUUGAAGCCAGAUUUCAGGCUCCUGCAAUGAAAGAAAAAAUAAGCUUUUGUAUGGAAAAUAAGGAAUCCUGCUUUUUAUGACAAUACAACAGCAACAAG